UUGUUAAGUAUUAAAUUUACUGUUAUCGGAUAUAAUAAGUGAAAAUCAUUAAAAAAGUUAUAAAUGAUGUUUUGUAGGCCUGUAAUUCAAAACAAGUACUUUGUUGAAGAGGUUAUUUUGUGUCCCUACCGUAAGUUUUAGUUUUGCGAAUUUUAUUCUAAUAGUUAUGGUAAAAAAAAUGUCCGUUGCUACCAGGAAACCAUUUGCUGAAACAGAGGAAGACGUAACCAACCCAAUCGAAAAGGACCUCAAUAAUUGUAAAGGAGAAGCAGUUCCGGUAAUUUUGUUCACUCCGGAUCACAAAUUCCAGUUAGAUGAAGCCGCUUUGGAAUCAAUACUCCUCCAGCCGGACGUAAAGAACUGUAAUGUGGUCGUAGUAUCCGUUGCUGGUGCCUUCAGAAAAGGCAAGUCAUUUAUUCUUGAUUUUUUCCUUAGGUAUUUAAGAUCACAAUACAGCAGCAAAAAUUGGACGAAAAGUAAUAGGUACGAUUGGAUGGGUACUGAAGACGAACCAUUAAAAGGAUUCUCUUGGAGGGGCGGUUCAGAAAGAGACACUACCGGAAUUCUCAUUUGGUCCGAAGUUUUCAUUACUGAAUUACCAGGAGAUGAAAAAGUAGCAAUAUUGAUCGUAGACACACAAGGGACAUUCGAUAGCGAAAGUACCGUGAAAGAUUGUGCCACCGUCUUUGCACUGAGCACCAUGGUCAGUUCUGUACAGAUAUACAACCUCAGCCAAAACAUUCAAGAAGACGAUCUUCAACAUUUGCAGCUUUUUACAGAGUACGGAAAGCUAGCCCUUGCCGAAUCUGGAAAGAAGCCUUUUCAGAAACUGGAAUUUUUAGUUCGUGAUUGGAGCUACCCCUAUGAAGCAGACUUUGGAGAUGUCGGUGGCCAGUUGCUCCUAGAUAGGCGUUUGCGGAUCUCUGAAAGACAACAUCCCGAGCUCCAAUCUAUCAGGAAACAUAUUCACGCAUGUUUUUCUGAAAUAGGAUGUUUUCUUAUGCCUCAUCCGGGUUUAAAGGUGGCGACAAGUCCCACGUUUGAUGGUAAGCUGUCUGAUAUGGAUGACGUGUUUAAGAAAUAUCUGCAGAUAUUUGUACCUUUGCAAUUAGCCCCUGAAAACUUGAUUGUGAAGGAAAUAAGUGGGAACAAGGUGAAAGUCAAGGAGUUGGUUCAGUAUUUUAAAACUUACGUCUUGAUCUACAGCGGGGACAGUCUACCGGAACCGAAGUCUAUGCUAGAGGCGACUGCAGAGGCGAAUAACUUAUUAGCUGUAGCUGAAGCCAAGGACUGCUACAAUGUGCUGAUGGAGAGCUGUUGUGGCGCAGUUAAACCAUAUUUGAGUUCCGCGCAGAUGGAAGCUGAACAUCUGAAAAACAAAUUCCAAUCACUCGGUAUCUUCGACAGAAAGAGGAAAAUGGGAGGAGAAGAAAUUAGCGAAAAAUAUAGGAAGAAGUUAGAGCUUGACUUGGACGAACUGUACUGUCAGUUCAAGCAGCACAACGAGAGCAAGAACAUUUUCAAAGCUGCUCGUCCUCCUUCUGUCCUCUUUGCCGUUAUCGUUGGCUCUUACAUAAUCUCCGGGAUCUUGGGAUUUAUCGGUCUCUAUACCUUGGCUAACUUUUUCACCUUCGUAAUGGGGUCGUCAUUACUUGCUGUUAUGAUGUGGGCCUAUGUCAGAUAUAGUGGUGAAAUGUUAUCUGUAGGCGAAAAGAUCGAGGAGUUUACUAAUGUCCUCUGGGAGCAGUUGAUGAAACCAUUUUAUAAAUUCCUGGUCCAGACAGGUGUCGAGCAGGCCGUCCAUACCACGGAAAGGAUCAUCCUGGAACCCACCGCAUCAGAUGGCGACAAAAAGAAUGUGUAAAAUGUUAUUAAAUCGAUCUGGGAACAUUAUCAAUAUCUAAAGAAGUUCAUUGUGUGUUCUAAUCAACGUAUAAAUUCCAUUAAUAUCAAAAAAAUAUGUCACUAUAAUAUUGUUCAUUUUUCUAAUAUUUUUUGUUUUCUUCAAUCGUUUAACGCUAACGUUUAUUAAUUAAGAUAUUAUAUUUAUGAUCAUUUUAUUUAAAUAGCUUUUAGUAAGCGAUGAUAUUUUCGAGAAUUCUAUUUCAACUAUUGUCUUAGAGUUUUCAACUCAUUAU